CCUCCCAACUUUCAACAACACACUUCGGCGUUUUGACUCUGCACUUUGCUCCGCUCCUACCGCCAUGACUUCAGAAAAUCCUGCAACGCCCACGAGUGAUGAUGUACCAUCGAUAAAUCCUGAGGAUAAAAAUGUCUGUCUUCCUGUGAAUGGAAACAUCUCCCAAAUCCCAGGUCUGUCUCCUACACUUAAAGCCCUCAGUGAUGAGAGGGUCCGAGGGAGGAGAGUUGGGCUUAUGGCCGGUGAUUCUGAAUAUAUCAAACUGGCAAAGCAAGGAGGACAUAAAGGGCUACUGUGGCACAAUGAUUCUUCCUCUACUUCCAGUCCUCGCUCGUACAAGGUUCCAGACUGGUUUUCCCCUGCUCACGAUGGCAAUAAUCCAAGUCUCAUUACCAGCGAACACAAGAGGAGCCCCAGAGCUUUCCAGCGCAGAGAGCCACCCUUUGGGAGUGAUAAUAUGUCUGCUUGGGAAAGGGAGGAUACCAGCAUCAACACCAACACAGUGAACAACAACAUUCCAGACGAAGAGCCGGAGAAACUGCCGAGUCAGAAACUGGAGCGCAGCAAAUUCAGACGGCUAGUCUUUGACAAGAAGCCUCCUCCAGUGAACAUGUCUACACUGCUGAGUUUUGGAUAUGUGGGGGAAUCGAAACCUACUGCCUAAUGCGUUUAAUUAAACAACAGAAGUGUGGUAAUGCCCCACAGCACACUACAACAACUUAUUAUUUUAGUAGUAUGCACUAUUAUUAUAAAAUAAUUUUGUAAACUCUUGAAUGCUUGAAAUUCAAUGUGCCUGUUUUGUUUUGUCUUGUUUCUGUAAGAACAGACAUGAUCUGUUUACUGUGUAUGUUGCUUUUGUAUGAAUUUGAAUAAUAAAUUAUAGAUUGCAGUUUAAAUAA